GCUGGGGCAAAAAUGUAGCCAUUGUGAUAGCCAAGGAAGACAGCCUAUGGCAAAGCCUAUUUGUGUCCUUCCUUGGUACAUGCGUGUGUAUGUGUGUGUGUAUGUUUUCUUGAGUUCCACCAUCGUGUGCGUGUUCUUGAGAGAACCCUUGAGCUGAGUGAGUUGAGAGGUAGGAGAAGAGCGGCGCUGCAACGAGGCGGCGCCAACAUCUGUUUCUGCAGCUGGGGUGGUUUGGUUUGUAGUUGCUCUGGGGAAUCGAUCGAGCAAGGGAAAGUAGAAGGCGCAGGUCGCUCGAGUCAAAUUAAUCUUGGCACUUCUAGAAGUAGCAAGUUCUGCUGAAAGAUGUAAUGGGAGAAUUAUAAGGCAUGGAUGGGAAGAACUUGGGCAGUGGGCAACUAGCUCAGCAAGCUAAGCCAGAUGCCUUGGCGGACGAUCAGGGGGCCCUGAAGCACACUGCAGAUUCUCACACCGGAAAUCCGACUUCAGUGAAUGGUCACAAUUCUGUAGAUAUGAACAUGGAAGCUGCGAUCUCAGCCGAUGAUGUCAUGCGAGCCGGCGGCUUCGGCGCCAAAGACGACAUCGGCAGCCUCCUACCGACGGCGAUGGACUCCACCGACUUCGAGGCCUCGCUGCAGGACGCCCGCGACUAUGAAGGCGAGAAGGAGAAGCCAUCGCGGCCCGGGCUGGGUUACAGGGCAUCCGAAGCUGACGCCGCAAGCAAGCCAUCAGACGCGCCAUCGCAGUGAUCCUGCUUUCUUGUGCAACUUCUGUUUCAGAAAGACAAAGUGUUAGAUCUUAAACGAGAGAGACGAGAGACAGAGAUGUAAAGAGUGAAUGCGUGUUAUCUUUAUUGAUGAUGUGAUCACAUAUA